AUGGAGGAGCAGACGGCCGCCCUGCUCGCGGCGCUGAAGAAGCAGGCGUCGACCAACGUGGACCGGCGACUGGACCUGUUUGGCAGCCUCAAGUCCAGCAUCAAGCACCAGCGCGUGCCCGAGAGCUGCCAGGACGCAAUCCUCGAGUGCAUCCGCACCGCCAUUGGCGACAAGACGUCGGCGCAGCUCGUGGCUGCGGGAUUCUCGACGCUCAGCCACCUGAUCAAGCGGCUGGCGCUGCAGAAGGAGACGCACACCAUGGCGGCGCACGCGCAGCUGCUGGUCCCGAUCCUGCUGGACCACCUAGGCAACGCGCGCGAAGCCCACCGCAGCGCCGCCUCGGCCCUGCUCGUCGAGCUGUACCCGUACUGUCACGCCGAGCUCGACGCGGGCGUGCACGGCGCCAUGGCCGGCAGCAACCCGCGCGCAAAGGAGACGGCCAUGUCCUGGCUGGUCACGAUGAACCAGAGCCACGGCCUGCCGUUCCGCACCUACGUCAACCAGCUGGUCGCCAACUGCGAGGACGCCGACCCGGACGUGCGCACCGUCGCCAAGACAGCCAUCGUGUCGCUGUUCCAGACGGCGCCGGGCAAAGCCCAGGUCAACCUGCAGAAGCAGCUGGCCGUCCACGGCGUGCGCAAGGCCACCGUCGCCUACAUCACCGCCCACCUCGACCCCGCGGCGGCGGCGGGCGCCGCCGCCGACGACCGCCACGACGCGCCGCCCGCCCCUGUCCGCGAGCGCCCCCUGCCGACGGCCCGCGCAAAGACGCUGCCGUCGCUGCUGCCUGACGCGGGCCUCGCCGACAGCCUGGCCGCCGAGCAGCCGCCGCCCGCCGAGACGGUCUCCAUGGACCCCAUCCACGUCUACACGCAGCGCGAGCUCGAGGACAUGUUCCGCGACAUGGCCCCGCCGUUCGAGGGCCGGGAGAGCGAGCAGAACUGGCUCGCGCGCGACAAGAACACGCUGAAGCUGCGGCGCAUACUCAAGGGCAACGCGCCCACCGAGUUCCACGCCGCCUUCAUGGCCGGCAUGGCCUCGCUGCGGGACGGCAUCCUGAAGGUGGCCAACACCCUGCGCACCACCAUGUCGACCAAUGGCUGUCAGCUUGUGCAGGAGCUCGCACGCACAGUUGGGCCCGCGAUCGACUCGUGGGUCGAGAUCCUGCUGCAGGCCUUCAUCAAGAUGUGCGCUGCCACCAAGAACAUUGCCGCCCAGAACGGCAACGCCACGGUCGACGCCCUGCUCUCGCACGUGUCGUUCAACAAUCGUGUCCUGCAGCACGUCCAGUUCGCCUCGCAGGACAAGAACGUCCAGCCCCGCAUCUUCUCGGCCGGCUGGGUGAAGACGCUCAUCCGCAAACACAAGUCGCACAUUGACCACUCAGGAGGGCUGGACAGCUUCGACAAGAUCCUGAAAAGGGGACUGGCAGAUGCCAAUCCCAAGGUGCGCGAGUCGUACCGAAGCACGUACUGGACCUUUGCUCUGGUGUGGCCCCAGAAGGCCGAAGCCAUGUACGAAACGCUCGAGAAGCGCGAGAAGACCGGUCUCGACCGGGACCCGAACAACCCCAACACAUCGCUAGCACCGUCGCAGACCAGCACCGUCGCACCGUCGUUCUCAAGAUCCGUCGGGCCCAGCGCUGCCAGGACAAGCUUGAAGGAGAAGAUUGCAGAGCAGCGACGGGCAAAGCUAGCAGCGUCCAAGGGAGUUGCUGAUCGACCCAGCUCGGCUGCGGCCAGCUACGAGACACCAAGAUCACUGUCGAGCAAGUCGCUUGGUGUUGGACCAAGGACAAUGUCCAACACUUCAACGGCGUCCAACGGGCCGUCUCGACCACCGUCUGCCAUGUCGGGCGAAGCCACCAAGUCCGCUUUGAAGAGCUCGACAGGCACUAGCACUGGUUCGUUGAUGAGCGGCACGGUGCGACGACCCAUCCGACGACCUGAGCUGAACAGGCCAAAGACAGCAGACCCAUACGCUUCGCGACAGACCAAAAUCACACCGUCGACGACGACAACACCAGAGAGGACACCAGCCGUCAAGUCGCUGAAGAAGUCAGUCGGACCUGCGGCUUCGAGCACAGCCCGCCCUCGGUCACAAGCACAACAGAGCCCCACCGUCAGCCCGGUGCGUAGCAAGUCCAGGGUGGACACGGGGCGCACAGCAACACACAGGAAGAACCCAAGCAUGGGGUCGCGAGGGAGUCCUGUGGCCACUCUUCACAAGGAUGAGGACCUGACAAUGGUGAAGCCGUUCAUCCGAUCACAGAGCCACCAUGACGGCACCAUGCCUUUCCGACAGAGGAACGGCAUGGACAAGCGUGCUUCUGUCGACAGCGUUGCGCUCGACAUGGACGAGGACAACUUUACGAUGCUUGUGCCCAACCUAGCGCGCCCAACAUCGCAAAGGGUGCAGAGCACGCCCCCCAAGUCCAGCCCAUCUGGAGGUCGAAUACCGGUACCCAGCCCGCAAGCAGCCUCGACGCUGGGCCCAAGCCUCCUGCCAGUACAGAGUCCUCGCCAGCAAUCCCCAGAUCGAACUGCGCCAGAAGAAGUCGAGGUGUACGAAGACUCCUGCGCUGGUGACGAGCCAUCGACGGCAGAUCAAGAAGUGGACACACCAGUACUCGGAGAGCUUCCCAUCAACGAGAGGAGCAACGAGCGACAGCCCAGCAUUGAUAGCAAUGGCGACUCGAUAGCGGGCUCAGGGGCCGAAGAGCGCGACAGAGGCCACCUCAAGACUACCAGCACAGGAAGUGUGAUGCACACCGAGAACGCCGAUGCAAACAGCCCGGAGACUCUAAAGAACAGACAACUGCUCGCCAGCGCUCUUAAGAAGAUCGAGGGACGUACAGUCGAUGCUGGCAUGUUCCGCAAGAUCCAGGAUGCCAUCAAGUCAGGUCAGGAGAUCUGGGGGCCAAACGACGAGGUCUUUGGCAGACUGCUUGUCGCAUGUCUCGAGUAUUUCCAGACGCCUACUGAGCAGCUCAAGCUCCCCGCAAUCAAGGCCGGCUCCUGCAAGAGCCAAGCUUUGGCGACCAUCCGCGCCAUGCUGUCUCUGUACCGAAAAGAGACAGCAAAGUACUUCGCCCGCGUUCUCACCACCAUUUUGCAGGCCAAGGCGCAGCAUGAGAACACUUCGCACAUUGCAGGCGAUAUGGAGGCCACCGCCAACGAGAUUGUCCGCUAUGGUCAAGUCUCGGACUGCCUGAACGCAGUCCUUGCCCUUAUUGAAGGCAUGCCCGCCUCGUCCGGCUCCGACCCUGCCGCCAACAGCACACGCACCACGACCAUGUCACUUCGCACCCUCGCAAGUCUGGUCGAGAUCUCAAGCAGCAAGAACGUCGUUCUGUCACAAGAGCAGACACACCGCUUGGGCAAGCUGGCAGUCAGGUGCAUGGAGGACACUGACGCGGACAUUCGCAAGGCAAACAUUGACUUUUGUGUUGGACUGCACGAGCGCAUCGUUGGCCCAGGCGGCGACCACAAGGCUUUCUGGGAGGCUGUUGCUGGCGCGGGAGAGCAGCAGCUCAACUUGCUCACAUACUAUCUCGCGAAGAAGCAGAAGGCUUAG